AGACAUGAGUUUAUAUUUCACACGUUUUUUUUUAAAUUAUCGAGUUUUUAUUUAUUGAAGUUGUGUUUUAAAUUUAAUCGUUAUGUUGCUAUCAGACAUUGCCACUGUUAUCUGAAAAAAACGAGACUAUUGUUUUUAUUUCUUUACGAUCCACAAGUGUCUAAACAAUAGAUUACACACUUGUUUUACUAACGCGUAAGUUUAUUAGCUAACGAUAAUAAUGUUUUUAAAUUAAGACGUGACUGUAUUAUAUAUCAAAUGAUACUUUUACAAAUUAUUUAUAAAGUGUAGUUUUAUGUUGUAAUUUUAAGUGUCAUAAAUAUUUGUACAUUAAUUAAACGUAUGUGCUACUGCACAGAAGGCUUUGGUGAUGCGUAGACAAUUCAAAAUCAUAAUGGUCGUUUACUUUACUACUGACCUGUCUAUGAUAAUAUCGCUUAGAUAAUACCCCAGUCGUUAAUGGCUCACUUGACUUGUCUUACCGGUCGUAUCAAUAUAUGAUACUCUUCAGUUACUUCGUAAGACAGUCGGAAGUGACACGACUUGCAAUCAGAGUCCAAUUGAUACCGUUAUCUUACUCAAUAUAUUGUCUACCGAUGUGACUAUUAUUUAAAAUUAAUUCGAUAAAAAAAUAAAAUUUUUGUUUGUUUGUUAUUAAAUUUAUAUAAUUUAAUGUAUAUAAUUUUUUUUUUAAACGUCAUAAAGUGUAAGUGUAUUUAAUGAUUAAUGAAUGUAUACACAAGCGUGUGAAUUUCAAUAGACGAGAUUAAACGAUAUUGAAAGGUAUAAAAAUAAAAAUGAAUAUUCGGGAAUUACCAGAUGGAUUGAAAAAAUUUGCCAAAGAAGAACUUGGCGAAGAUGAUAAUCAUUUAAUUGAAGAUGUAAAUUAUAUUGUAGAAUGGCUGAAGAAACAGCCUCACCUGCAUGUACGUACAGAUCCGCAGUGGAUAGUAGGGUUUUUACGAGGUUGUAAACACAGUUUAGAACAAACUAAAAAAAAAUUAGAUGCUUAUUAUACUAUUAGAACACAUUUGCCUGAGCUUUUUCUCGAACGCGAUCCGAAGCAGUUGAAGAUACAAAAGAUACUUGAAAUGGGAACAUAUUUACCACUGCCAAGGACUGAUAAACCAGACGGGCCACGUGUUAUAUUGGUACGCGGUGCAAUAUAUGAUCCUAAAAAAUGUACUUUUCAAGAAGUACUUAAAAUUUUCUUCAUGAUUAUGGAUAUUCUGUUACUUGAAGAUGAUUGGCUUAACGUUGCAGGGCAAGAUACUGUUCUAGAUCUCAGCGGAAGUCGCCUCGAGCACGCGAGCCAGUUCACGCCUGCUGUGAUAAAGAAAGCCGUCACCUGUUUUCAAGACGCUUAUCCAAUUAAGACUAAAAGUUUACACUUUAUAAAUGCCCCGCCUACAUUUGAUGCGAUAUUCGCGAUUUUCAAAAGAUUUAUGAGCGAUAAAUUAAGAAAGAGAAUAAUGGUUCACAGUGAAAUGGAGAAAGUUUUUGAUUAUAUACCAAAACGUGUUUUCCCUUCUGAUUACGGUGGAGAUGCUCCUUCUAUUGCUCAAUUAACCAAAGAAUGGAAAAAGAAAGUAAUUGCGAAACAAGAGUGGUUUGUCGAAGACUCUCAAUACCGAGUGACAGAGUCAAAGAGGCCUGGAAAGCCAAUUACAGGAUUAGAUCUCUUUGGAGUCGAAGGUAGUUUCAAACAACUUGAGUUCGAUUGAAAUUUAACAAAAGAACAUUUUGUACAGCACUUAAAUUUAAAAUGAUAUUAAACAACAAUUUUUAAUAAUAAAUAAAAAUUUGAAAAUAAUUUA